ACAACCGCGCUGAGCAGACACCAAGGUUACGCUUGAGAAGUUUGAGGAGGAAUUAAACAAAGCACAGAGAGGCAGAAUAGGUAGAGUUGGUUGGCUUUCAAUCUUAACUCACAGCUAAUUACCACUUUCCUACUGUGGUGAAUGAAAGCAAACAGAAGCCAAGUGAGAAAAAACGUCAAGCUGAAAAGGGCAGCAGAAGGCAGGAGAAGGAAAAAAAAGCAAAAGUAACAAGAAAAGGAGGCAGAGACAGCCGUUAGAAAGUCGGGUCUCAAAGAUUAAUUGAGGAAGAGAAACAACACAGCAGGGACAAAGCUGGAAGGAGCGAGGGAGGGAAUAAGUGAGAAACCUGCAGAUACUCAUUGACAGAGAGGACUGGACUAAACUCAAUAAUUUGCUGACAUCAGCAAAACAAAAGAAGAAGAGCGUCACUGCAGCAGCUUGCCUGAGCCGGUCGACUAUGCAACCGAGACAGCUGUGAUAGACAAGCUCCACACAGGCAGUCCUCUCUGCACCUCCACCAUGUUGAUGAAAGAGUACCGCAUAUGUAUGCCGUUGACUGUGGAUGAGUACAGGAUUGGCCAGCUGUACAUGAUCAGUAAGCACAGCUGCGAGCAGAGUGGUGGUGGAGAAGGGGUGGAGGUGGUGAGGAAUGAGCCAGAUACUCACCCCCAGCACGGCCCCGGACAGCUGACGGAGAAGCGAAUCUACAUCAGCAGUAAACUGCCGUCCUGGGCGAAAACAUUUGUCCCGCGAUUCUUCUACGUGACAGAAAAGGCCUGGAACUUCUACCCAUACACCAUCACAGAGUACUCAGUAUCAUUCCUCCCCAAGUUCAGCAUCCGCAUUGAGACGAGAUUCGAGAACAACAAUGGCGAUAAUAACAAUGUGUUUCGAGACACGCCAACCCCGGAAGAGGAUGUGAGUUCCCUGGACAUCCUGAGUGACCCCAUCCCUGAAAAGCACUACAAAGAGUCAGAGGAUCCGAGUCGCUGGCUGUCCAGUAAAACUGGCCGAGGGCCUCUGGAGAAAGGCUGGAGAGACAAGCACAAGCCCAUCAUGUGCUCCUAUAAGAGGGUGCAGUGCAGCUUCGAGGUGUACGGCUUCCAGACCAAGACCGAGGAGUUCAUACACAGAAACAUCCGGGACAUUCUUCUGGUCAGCCACAGACAAGCAGUGACGUGGAUAGACGAAUGGCACGGGCUGAGUUUUGAGGAGGUGAGAGAGUACGAGCAAACAAUGCAAGAGAAGACCAACACUAAAGUCAAAUCCAGUCAGAACACAGACUCCCCGGCUGCCUCGCGUCCCGUGUUCUCUCGCUCCAUCUCACUGACAGACGAGCGCACCCUGAAGAAGAUGGGAGUGACGACUGCGGCCAUGUCUGACCCCUCUGCCUCCUCCAUGCCCCACAGUCCCGUUCGCCUCAACUCCACCCCUGAAUGACGCCUUAUGUAUCGUACAGUGCAUACAGGAACCAAUGGUCGACGUAUGUCUGUCAAAUAUAAGGCUACAGCUAACAGCUGGUUAGCUUAGCUUAGCAUUGAGACCCAGUAGGUAACUGUAGGUAACUGCUAGCCUGUCCAAAUGUGACAUCAUCCACCUCCAAGCACUUGAAAAGACAAUUUUUAACAAGUUAGGGCUUGUUUGUUUAAUCCGUACAAAAAGUAUGAAAAUGAUCAUUCAGUUUCAGGGAUUGAUGUACUGGACAAUGCUGUAUCCUACGACCGUAAACCACUCAAUUGUUGUUAGACUCAAGUGAGAUAUAACACGUUAAUAAAUAAUCUUUAGAUGCA